AUGAGUGCCUGUAACCCUACAAAUGAACCUGAGUUCAUGCUUGUGGGACUGACAGAUUCCAAGGAGAUUCAGCUGGUCCUCUCUGUUUUGUUUCUCCUGAUAUACAUGCUCACUGUCUUGGGAAACAUAGGUAUAAUACUGAUCAUUCAUCUAGAUGUCCAGCUCCACACUCCGAUGUAUUUUUUCCUCACCCACUUGUCAUUCCUUGACCUCAGUUAUUCAACUGUAAUCACACCUAAAACCUUACAGAAUACGCUGACCUCCAUAAAAAAUAUUUCCUUCAUGGGAUGCUUCACCCAGUUGUAUUUCUUUGCCUUCUUAGCAGGUUCUGAAUGUUUUAUACUUUCGUCAAUGGCCUAUGACCGCUAUGUAGCUAUCUGCAACCCUCUACACUAUCCAGUUAUUAUGUCCCCUAGGCGCUCAUAUAUUCUCAUCACUGUGUCCUACAUCGUUGGAGCUAUAGAUUCCUCUGCCACUGUCUUUUGGUUAAGCACACUGGAUUUCUGCAACUCCACGGUAAUUCAUCACUUCUUUUGUGACACAUUCCCAAUUUUAGCUCUGUCCUGCAGUGAUACCUAUAAUGCAGAAGCCACAAUAUUCGUUUUAGCUGGUUCCACUCUAUUGCUGUCGCUAAUCACGAUAUCCGCAUCCUAUGUAUCUAUUCUCUCUACAAUUUUGAAGAUAAAUUCUUCUUCAGGAAAGCACAAAGCCUUCUCUACAUGUGCCUCACAUCUUAUAGGAGUCACUGUUUUUUAUGGUACAAUGAUCUUUACUUAUUUAAAACCAAGUACGUCCUACUCCCUGGGAAAGGAUCAAGUAGCCUCCGUUUUUUAUACUAUAGUGAUUCCCAUGCUGAACCCACUUAUCUAUAGUCUCAGGAACAAAGAAGUGAAAAGUGCUGUUGUUAGAGUUAUGAAGAAGAGAGAGUGCAUCCAGAAACUAAAAUAA